CGUAUCUACCCCACAUCCGGUGGAGUGUAGAAUUGAAUCCGUCAAUGUCUUUUCCGACCUUCUAACAUCAUUCUAGACCUGGCGUCAGACGCUGACUUUGUCAUCACAACAAGCCAUAAGCGAGACCAAUUGUACUCGUAAACUGAUAUGAUCUUUUGACUGAGCACUUUCAACAUCUUUUUCCAGGCAUUGCACAAUCUGAAGCUUGCCUAGCUCGUUCACAAUGGCUUCUUCGAGUACUACUCAGGGCGCAAUUGUACUCUCAGUGUUUUUCCUCCCAAUCUUGACCUAUUUCCUAUACAUCCGACUCACGACUCAAGCACAAUCCAAAUCGUUGAAUACCAAACCUCAACGUGAUGUUGGGCCCCUUCCAGCACCAACUAAGAUCACGCAAUUGCUCAUCCAUCCUAUCAAAAGCUGUCAUGGAAUAUCCGUACCAUCCGCAAAGCUUCUGCCCACUGGUCUGGAUCUAGAUCGCCAAUGGAUGUGGGUGAGCUAUCCAGAUUACAAAUUCCUCACGAUUCGCAACCUCUCCAAGAUGACUCUCAUCCGCCCGACCUACGACUCCUCAACCGACACCCUCACCAUCACGGCGCCAGCCCCGAACUCCAUGGACGAGAAGCUCCAAUUCUCCAUCCCAGCGCACCCUUCCGCAUCCUGGCUCGCCUCCAACACCUCCCUCGUCGAUGCCACCGUCUGGAGCGCCGUGACGCCCGCACAUUGCUACUCCGCUGAACUAACAAACCAAUUCAACGACUUCUUCGGCCGGGAAGUCCGCCUCGUCUAUAAAUCGCCAUACAGCGACGUCCCGAGGCCACUUGUCUCCAACGGCGCACCCAAGGUCCUAGGACGAAACGCAUCGACAUGUUUCCCAGACCUCAUGCCCAUCCUCGUGGGCACCGAAGCCAGCAUCGACGAGCUCAACACCCGUCUCCAAGCCGCGGAAGGCCUCACAAUCCCAGUCACGAGGUUCAGACCCAACAUCCUCGUCAAAGGUGACGCGACGAAACCUUGGGACGAAGAUCGCUGGAAGACGCUUCGGAUCACGUCAAGCGCCGAGAAAGAUGGGGAGCUCGUGCUGGAUAUCACGCAGCGGUGUGCGCGGUGCCAGGUACCUAAUGUUGAUACGGAGAGUGGGGAGAAGAAUCCUAGACAGCCGUGGGAUACGCUUAUGAAGUAUAGGAGGAUUGAUGAGGGGAUCACGUUUAAGCCUUGCUUUGGGAUGUUGUGUGUGCCGAGGGGCGAGGGGAUGGAGAUUAGGGUUGGGGAUACGCUUGAGGUCACGGAGGUUACGGGGGAUCAUAGGUAUCUUGCGGGGAUGUGAGAUUUGAGGAUAGUCGGCCUAGAAACUUUUCAUCUUUCUUCUUUCGGGAUAUGGAAAUUGGACGAGCUAGAGUUGUGUUGAUUAGAGUUUGAAUCAUCUGAGAGAGACAAUGAGUCAUUCAUAUAUUUGGGUUUUGUAACGAUUGUUCUUUUCUAGAGAAAACAUACAAAGAUACUGCAGAC